AUGGAAAGUCAAACUAGAAAUAUUGUUACCGCGCCAGGGGAUUCGGACCCCCAGGUGCCGGCAGUAGUGGGUGGACCCGAGGUAACAGCCGGGUCCAACGUAGCGGGCCCACUACGGUCGUCAGCCAACGACCGUGAGGGUGCGAGGGUGGCCAGCCAGGCCCCCGUCACUCUAACAAAUACUAGCGCUGAGAAAAUGGAUGUUGCAACGUCAGGUUCCACGCAGAAGAGCUCCAGCCCCAAGCUUCAGACGAAGCUGCUGUCCUCGGGCUCCAGCAAGGAAACCAACCAUCAGGCGGUAGUGGCGGCCACGGAAGAGGCUAAUGCCCGUUUCUUCAAACACCUACAACAAGUGUACAACUUGUCGAAGGGGUUGGACGACAAAGUGGCUGCUGCCCCUAACACGAAGAGGGAAAUUAAGUCCCUCAUUGCACAGCUGUCGAGUGGCGUCAGAGGACUUAUACAAUGGGGAAGGCUAACCGUCAAAGUCUGCGCCAGUACCUCGAGCAGGGGCAAUCAAACAAACCCGGAUAAAACGAAGGUGAGUACCUCGAGCAGGGGCAUUCAAACAGAGUUCAAGACAAAUCCCGUCAACGAAAACGUUGUAGGAGUAAUACUGGCUUCGGAGGACGACGUACCUUCACCAGAUCGCUCCCGAUUCGAGAUACCUGCAGCUAUCGAGGGUCUUCGGCAGAUAAUAAAAACCCAGGGCGAUGUAAUUGAAAAGCUGGCCGAAAAGGUGGAGAAGACUUGGCUUACAAGUGGACAAAACCCGCGACAACAACAAAUAGACCCGGGGCCUACCCAAGAGAAGCCUAAACAGCAGCCGAAGCAGAAGCCAAAGCAGCAGCAGAAGGAUCUUCAGGUGCAGGGAGUCGUGAAGAAGGACACACAGCCAAACCAGGGUCACCAGCAGCCAGGCACAUCCACAAAUAACUCGGAAUCCGAGACGGGGGAGUGGAAAGAAGUCACCAAACGCCGGGGGACCAAAAAUCCCUCUAAGGCAAGACUGAUCACAACCACCAAAAAGAAGCCCGACGCGGAGGCACUGGUCCGGAGACGAGUUCCAAGGGCGGAAUCGGUGACAAUUGCAGACCCCGCCAACGGGGAAACAUACGCCAGUGUGAUGAGGCUCGCGACCAGCUGCAUCGAUCUGCAAGAGCACGGUAUCGAAAUCGGGAGAGUACGGCGCACAAAAGCAGGAGCUAUCCUCAUGGAGGUCAGCGGGAAAGAGAAGGCAGAAAAGCUAUCCACCCUCCUUUGUGAAUCCCUAGGCCAAAGAUCGAAAGUUAGCAGACCCAGGAGAACGACCCCAGUGCUGGUCAUCAACAUCCCUGAAUGGCUGGACGAUGACAAGGUUAAAUGCACGAUUGUGGAAGCAGACCCCGGCCUGGAUAGCUCAUGUAUCAGCAUAAGGGAGAAUGCUGGAGGAGGCAAGGUAGCUAAGCUCACAGUGGAUAUGGAUACAGCUCUUAGACUAUCCGCACUUAAGAGCAUUAGAAUAGGAUGGAACUCGUGCCGCGUCAAGCUCUUGGAGACAAAGUCACCGACCUGCUACAGAUGCCAGGCGAACGGUCACAUCGCGGCAGAAUGUCGAGCCACAGAUGCUUUGCCGAAAAAGUGUUACCGAUGCCGCGGAACAGGACACCUUGCGGCAACGUGCCAGGCAUCCAGACCUGAGCAUAAGAAGAGCGGGGUAACGGAAUCCGCAGGCGAAGGGGAUCUGCUCAGGCAGUACGCAGCCGAGCAGCUUGUAGAGGUUGUACUUAUUACCGACCCCUACUCUGCUCCCGAAGGAUCGACUUCUUGGUUCGCCAGUUCCGGAACCCGGAGAGCGGCCAUCUGGCUCGCAGGCAAGAAUGUUACUGCUGCCAAAGUCCAUAGGGAUUCAGAAUUCGUGUCCGUCCGCCUAAAUGGUGUCCAAACAUUUAGAUGUUAUGCGUCACCCAAUAAGACGAGGGCCGAAUUCGAGGAUUUCUUGAGAAGGUUGGAAGAUAAGGUCAGAGCUGUAGAGCCGGGGGUUCCUGUUUUGAUCACAGGGGACUUUAACGCACGAUCAGCGUCAUGA